AGAAAGGUGAAUUAUCUCUUAUAAAAAAAAUCAAAAAAAAUAACUAAUUUUCUUUCAAUUUUAAUUAGUUGAACGUACAUUAGAUUGAGAUCGAACAUGCUUAAUUAAAUUAUUCUAAUGAUAUCAAACCAUGGCGGUGAUUUUCUUCUCUUAUAUAAAUACAUAUGUUGUAUAUCACAAAAUGGAAAGGCUUAAAAACAAUAAGUCAUGGAGUACCAAAUACUUGUAAUAUUGAUUACUUUUAUGUGUGCAAGCAUUUUCAUCUUCAUUUUUAGAAAACUAAGCCAAACACAAAACUCUACAAAACUUCCACCAGGGCCAAACCCACUUCCCAUUUUAGGAAACAUCUUAGAACUUGGCAAAAACCCACACAAGACACUCACAAAACUGUCUCAAAUCUAUGGACCAAUCAUGACACUUAAACUAGGAGCAAGAACAACUAUAGUAAUCUCAUCACCACAACUAGCCAAACAAGUCUUACAUGAAAAUUCUCAAAUAUUUUCUAAUAGAACUGUCCCACAUGCAAUUUGUGCGGUAGAUCAUAACAAAUUUUCAGUUGGGUGGGUUCCAACUUUAGCUUUGUGGAAGAAACUAAGAAAAGUUUGUGCUACAAAAGUAUUUGCUACAAAAAUGCUAGAAUCAACAAAAAUUCUUCGCCAACAAAAGUUGCAAGAAUUAUUGAAUUAUGUGAAUGAAAAAUGCAAGAAAGGUGAGGGUUUUGAUAUUGGUGAGGUUGUUUUUACAACUGUUCUUAAUUCAAUUUCAAACACAUUAUUUUCUAUGGAUUUGGCUCAUUCCACACCUGAUGAAAAGUCUCAAGAGUUUAAGAACAUUAUUUGGGGUAUCAUGGAAGAAGCUGGUAAGCCUAAUAUUUCAGAUUUCUUUCCAAUUCUUAGUCCCUUAGAUCCACAAGGUUUGUAUGGAAGGAUGACCAAUCAUAUGAAGAAGUUGUGUGAGAUUUUUGAUGGAAUUAUUGAAGAUAGAAUUUGUUCAAGAGCUUCCAAAGUUGAUUAUGAGGUUUGCAAUGAUGUGCUAGAUUCACUUCUUAAUAACAACAAUAUUGAAGAAUCAACUUUUGAAUUGAGUCGCAAUGAGAUGGUGCAUCUAUUUCUGGACUUAUUUGUUGCUGGGAUUGACACAACAUCAAGUAUAAUUGAAUGGAUUAUGGCAGAGCUACUACGAAACCCUGACAAAUUAACAAAAGCAAGAAAAGAGCUAUGUCAAAUAAUUGACAAAGAUGAAACAGUUGAAGAAUCACAUAUUUCUAAGUUACCUUAUUUACAAGCAGUUGUGAAGGAAACAUUGAGAUUGCACCCACCAAUUCCAUUAUUGUUACCUCACAAGUGUGAUGAAAAUGUGAACAUAUUAGGCUUCAAUGUGCCAAAAAAUGCACAAGUAUUAGUUAAUGUGUGGGCCAUGGGAAGAGAUCCAAUCAUUUGGGAAAAUCCUAAUAUAUUCAUGCCUGAAAGAUUUUUGGAGUGUGAUAUUAAUUAUAAGGGUAAUAAUUUUGAGCUUAUACCCUUUGGGGCUGGCAGGAGAAUUUGUCCAGGGUUGCCAUUAGCUCAUAGGACUGCACAUUUAAUGGUGGCAUCCCUUCUACACAACUUUGAAUGGAAUCUUGCUGAUGGGCUAAUGCCAGAACACAUGAACAUGGAUGAACAAUUUGGAUUAACCUUAAAAAGGGUUCAAUUUCUUCGAGUUCAAGCUAUUUCAUUAGCUUAGAUGGAUAUGUUGCAAAACUUUAUACUAUAAUAAAGGCCAAUGCUUAAUUUACGAACGCAUACGUGAAGAAAGCGAAAAACAAAUCUCAUCCGUUGGUUUUGUUCCCAACUGCCCUUUGUAUUCCACUGCAUCCCUUUAUUUUUAUCUUUAUCCUUCUUUCCAAGAGCAAUUGUUGUGUUUCUUGCUCAUUGUUUUCGUAGAAAUUAAUGACUUUGGUGGUAAUCGAUUUUAAUAUAUUAGUAGUAGAUUUCCUAAAA